UAAUUUUUUUUCUUGAUGAAAUUUACUUAAUUCAAACCCUUCCUGAAGGUCUUGUUCAUUUACAGAGAUAGAGACUUUAAUUUGUUAAAUUAAGGAUUAGAAUAGUAAAUAUUGAUUUAUAGUGUUUACUAUUUGCGGUUGCUCUGGUAAUGAAAUCAAAUAACUGAAAGAGAAAGGGUGUGGAUCCGAAACGGUUGUUGUGCAAUUUUCCGACAGUUCCUGGCGAAUGAUAUUCUAGAAAAAUAAUCACAUGCAAGCUUUUCGAUUUUCGAUUAAAAAUGACCUAUAUAUGACGUGGCUUUUUUCACCGGGGCGAAUAAUUACAGGUGCUAUGAUCAGUUGCGAUUCUCGCAGCAAAACAUUAACAUAUACCCGGCAGCUUUAAUUAUUACGGAUAUUAGAAUUCAAACAGUAUUCAUCGAUAAUUUAUUUUUAAAAUUAUUCAUUUUUUUAAUAAAAUAAAAAAUAAGAAAACUCAAUUUUUUACGAUCUAAUAAUUAUGUGGAUUGCAAAAAUUAUUUUAUUAUUAUUGAUUUUCAAUACCUGCGGCGGUAAUCUAUUGUCACAACGUAUACUGUCUCAACAUCGAACUUCUGAUGUACAGAAUCAAGUGGUGGAAUUGAUGAAAUUAUGUUUUUCUGAUAAAUUAAAUCCAGUAAUUAUAACUCAAAACUUGAAUGAUAUAAUUAAUCAAAAAUCAUGGGAUCCUUUGAGUUCAAACGCUAUAAUGAUUAAUGACGAUUUUGAUCCGAAAAUAAUUCAAGCAUUUUAUCCUGCUUACCCUACAUACGUCUUAUCAACUGAAUCACCGGAAAAACUUCGGAAAAUUUUGAACAAACUAAAAGAUUUACCUGUCUGGAAUAUAAUUUCUUCUUUUUUUAUUAUUGAAUCAGAUGCUGCAGAAAACAAUUGCCAAGAUUCAUCUAAAAUGCUCCAAGUACUUUGGGAAGAUGAUUUGAUUAACUCAUUCUAUGUGUGCCAGAAGAAUAGUGAAGUAUUUUUGUACACUUACAAUCCUUACACCAACCGAGCACCUGAGCCCUGGAGAAGAGUCAGAAAUGCCGAUAAUUCUGACAAAUACUGGACACUGUUUAGACAGUCGCUAUCUAUUGAUGAAGGAAUUUGUAGCAGUCUUCAAUUUGAUAAGACGAAAUCCCUCGAUGGAUAUCCAGUCAAAGCAGUGGCCUAUCCUAAUCGCAACCCAUCGCUGAGCCAGCAGAAAAAUAAGACACAACCAUUGGAAAGCAUAAAAGAUAAUGUUUCAAAUAUAAGUUAUUUAUUUUUUGAUAGUUUAUUCGAAGCGAUAAAUGCCACACCGAUAAUCAAUUUUGACGAGGCCGGUGAUUUAGUUAAUAAUACAGCCGUAGGAUGUUUGCAAGCAUUGAUUAACGGUACACACGAUAUCGCGUUAAAUUUACGUAAAAUAGAUGAAGAUUUUUACGAGGAUAUUGACGCUAUUAAAUUAUAUUAUCAACAAGGUUUCAUCUUAUCUACGAGAAAUUAUCCAAUGCGUUUAAAAAAUACUUCAUUAGGUGACUUAAUAUACAUAAGUAAUGAAGUUAUUGUUGCUUUAGUACUAGUACUCUCAGCUACAUUUAUCAUUACGGUGUUUAGUAUAGAUAGUGUCGGUUAUCGAAACUAUGUACGAGGUUUUCGGGAUAUUUUAAAAUUGAUAUUGGGUUUCGGAAUUGAGGCACCAUUAGAGAGGGCAUCAGCGCGUUUGAUAUUCUUAAUUGUUACUUUAGCCAUGUAUUCGAUAAUUCCAGAAUUACAGAGCCAAAUAUCCACUAUUUUGUGUAUUUCGUUCGAAAAGUCUUAUAUAGAAAAUUUCAACGAUACCCGUCAAAUAAAAAAUGCACUUAAAGUCAUCUAUUAUCCUAAAGUUUUAUCAAAAGAUAUGGAAAAUUAUAUAUCAUCGCUAAAUAAAAGUAAAAAAUACAAUAAAUCUUGGUUCCGUGAAAUGACAGACAGCAACAAAUAUUGCGAUUAUUAUCUUAGAGCUGAUAGUUAUCAUGUUUGCGUUGAUACUGUUGAGAAUCAAGUGGAAGCUUUGAAUAGAGGAUAUAACAAUAUGCGUGUUGUCCAAAAAACUGUUUAUGAUAAGUAUUAUUCGUACUGGACGCGACGGAAUUGGGCGCUUAAAAAUAGAAUCGAUGACGUCGCUCUAAGAUUGCGGGAAUCUGGUAUCAUAAACUAUUGGGAUAAACGGGUAUUGUAUGACAAACUCAAUAAACGCAAAACAAUCGUAAAACCUUGGAGACUAGAGUAUAAUCAAUUGAAUUCUAAAUCCUUCGUUCUACUUUAUUGGUUGGCUUAUUACCUAUUGAUGGGUUCUCUAAUUGUUUUUAUUCUGGAAAUAAUAGUUUAUAAGUGUCAACACGAAUAUCGAAGAAUGUUGAGACGGUGGGAAAGUACUCAACUCAUUAGGAAGCCUCCUGAAGUCGAUAUAGAAAUUCAAGAAAUUGAAUAAUCAUUUAUUACUAAACUGUAAAAAGAGCGGUGUUAAACAUGGACUCAUUUUAACUUCGCCCAGUGUUAAAAUAAAAUUACACCGGUGUAGGAGGAGUAAUUCACCGGUGUUAAAUCGGGGUAACCGGUGCAAAAGCGGAGUAAAAUCGGUGUAAAAGCGGGGUAACCGGUCUAAAAACGGAAUAAUAUCGGUGUAAAAGCGGGGUGACCGGUGUAAAAGCUGAGUAAUGACGGUGUUAAAGCAGGAGAAACUGCGUCUGCUCGGAGUAUUAACUUUAAAGAUUAUAAAACACAAAAAAUGUCAGUUCUUUAUGAAAAUUAAUUAAAAAUAUCAUUUAUCAACAAGUAUAGUAAUCGAGUAAGUACAAAUAUUUACAAAUAAAAUAUUUUAACACCGGUAAAGAAUAUCUACACCAGCGGCAGCGUUAUUUUAACACUGGUCUAGAAUAUUUACACCGGCAGCGGCGUUAUUUUAACACCGGAGAUUUUUUUUUAACACUGGUACAGAUUAUUUACACCGGCGGCGGCGUUAUUUUCACACUGCUUUCGGUGUUGAAAUUUAACACCGCCGAUUUUAACACCUACACUGCUUGGACUUACCCCGGUGAUUUUUUACAGUGUAGUAUCAUUAUUAUCAUUUUUUCUGCGUUGAUUUUAAAAGUUACCAAUCAAACAGAUUAAUCAGCGUUUUUGAAAUGGAACCAAUGUUGAAAAUCUUGAAGACGGCUGUCCUUCUGGGCCAAUCCCGAAAGUUUCAGCUGUUUUCGAGCUCAGAGAGCUCGAAAACGUUAUUAUCGGUAAAUUUUGGAGAAAAAACCGUCACACCGAACACAAUACAUUCCGCUACGACAAAGUAAUUUUUGUCCGACGAUGUCUUUGGAUUAAAGUGACCAUUUUGCACGUGCUUUGCGGCAAUCGAAAGAGUUUAUUGACUUGGACUUGACCAAUCUUAGAAACAAAUUGGUAGGUCACUUUCAGUGUUAUUAAUUAAUUGUGUGCAUUUCAUUCUACGUCUUAGACGCGAUGAACAUUUAUCACAUUAAAGACGCAAUUUAGGAUGGCUAAAGCUACAGAGUCGCAGAUUAUACAUCUUUGCGUGUAAGCCCUAUCGGAUCCGAAUUACGGUAAAUACAGUGAUUUACCGUAAUUUACGGUGCCUAGCAGAAUUACCGUAAA